UGCACACAUAACGUGAUUCGUAUUGAAGGAAUGGCCGACAACGAGGCAAAAGCACGUAAGAAGCUCGAGGAAGCCGAGAAGAAGGCGAAAGGAGGUGGUGGUUUCUUGGGUAGUUUAUUCGGAGGUAGCAAAACGGAUGAAGCAGCCGACCUCUUUGUACAGGUUCGUUGGCUUGUUUUCUUUUCGUAGUAGUUUAACGUUUGCUCAUUUUAUUGCUUCUUCAUUACUGAAUCGAGCAUCCUUCUUGUCCUUUUCAAAUCUAGCUAGCAGAUGUGAAAUCGUGAAUGUUAGUUUGCCUGAUGAAAUGACCUCACCAAGCGUAAUUUAUUUCUUCUUGCGCGUACUUUUGUAG